AUGGCAGCCCCAAAACACGUGCGGUGGGGGUUGAUGGCCACGGGCGGCAUUGUACGCACUUUUACCAAGGAUGUCUUGAUCGACCCGUCGACUCGAAAUGUCCUGGACAUCAAGCACGUCAUUGCGGCCGUCGCAUCGUCCUCUUCCCUAUCCUCGGCCGAGAAGUUCAUUUCAGAAGUCGUGGCUCCAGCCCAGUCUACCCCUUGCACGCCCUACGGAUCGUACGAGGAGUUGGUAAAAGAUGCCAGCGUCGACAUCAUCUACAUUGGCACACCGCACUCGCAUCACUUCCAGAAUGCCAUGCUGGCACUGGAACACAACAAACCUGUGCUUUGCGAGAAGGCCUUGACGGUCAACGCGGCGCAGGCGAAGAAACUAUACCAGACGGCGAAAGAGAAGGGCCUGUUCUUCAUGGAGGCCGUAUGGACGCGGUACUUCCCACUCAGCAAGACGAUACGUAAACACAUCGUGGACAAUGACAUUGGAGAGGUCGUCAGGGUCACUUCGGACCUCAGCAUAGGGGCCGUACCCGACACGUUCGACGUGGGCAGCCGCAUGGUCAAUCUCGACCUCGCCGGCGGCUGUCUUUUGGAUCUGGGCAUUUAUUCCCUCACCUGGGUGUUUCAGACGCUAUAUCAUACCUUGUCGCCGGCGCUGCGGGACCAAGACAGGCCCAAGGUUGUGGGGACGACGAUGACGUUCGAGCCGCGCACGCACGCUGAUGAGUCGACCAUCAUCCUGCUUGAGUUCCCCAAGUCGACGCCGAGCGGCAAGACAAAGGCCCACGCUGUCGCGAGCACGGCGAUGCGCGUGAGUGACGACCCCGCACGAGGCACAGGGAGGGCAGAUGUCGAGGUGCCUGCGGUCCGCGUGCAGGGCGAAAAAGGGGAGAUCCAAGUAUGGGGCCCUAUUUAUCGACCGACGCGGUAUAGACUUGUGCCCAAGGAUAAGGGGCAAGAGAUCAUCGACAGGACGUUUACCUUCGAAGCUGGCGCUCACGGGAUGACGUACGAGGCCGACGCUGCCGCCAAAGCGUGGUUGGAAGGUAAACUCGAGUCCGAAUCGAUGACGUGGCAAGAGAGCAUUUUGAUCAUGGAGGUCAUGGACGAGGCGAGAAAACAGGCCGGGCUCAAGUACCCUGAUGAGAUCGAGACGACAGAGUAUCCUGUGAAAUUGAAGGGUAGGUAG